GGAGUAAGGAAAUACUCCAUUUCCGAAGCGUUUGGCUCGUUCCUGAAUGGCGCAGUUGGCAGUCCCGUUCCCUUUGACUUUGGAGGAAGAAGCUAUGUCUCCAUGAGCCAUCGUCCCACUAGUGUAAACCAUUUCAAUUCUCCCAUUGUAAACUCUGGUUCAGAAAUCCACGAGCAAACAGUCAACUUGGCCAACAUCGGAGUCACAGACGAUAAUGUAGACCAUGAACCACGUGAAGAAGACGAAACUUCCAUAGUGGAGGACUUUUCAACUUCGCACUCUUCUACCUUACCCAAACCCAUUCGUGGAAGAGCUGCACCACAAGCAGAUAUAGCAUCAAUAACCAGUACAACACCAUUAAUAUCCAAAUCACCUAAGAAUUUAUAUAUUGAAGAGCAAUCGUUGUUCACGUCAUCCGCCAAAAUUGGGUUGGAUUUGGAAGCUGGUGCCCCAGACCAAACUGCUAUUGGAACUGACCUCAGUCAGCAACACCCGCCCAGCUUAUUGCAUCAGUAUGUUGUCAAGCCCAUCCACUACGUGCCCGCUGUCUUCCUUGGUACACUUUUGAACAUCUUAGAUGGCUUAUCGUAUGGGAUGAUCAUGUUCCCAGUUAGUGAGGCUGUCUUCUCAUCGUUGGCUCCGGCGGGUUUGUCAAUGUUUUACAUGUCUUGUAUUGUUUCUCAAUUGGUUUAUUCACUUGGAGGAUCGGCAUUCAGGUCGGGAAUAGGUUCGGAAAUGAUCGAGGUCACUCCCUUCUUCCAUACAAUGGCGCUUUCCAUUGCUUCAGAAAUGGCCAACGAGUCCCAGGCAGCUAUAAUCGCCACUACUAUCACUUCAUACGCUCUUUCUUCUAUAGUCACGGGGCUUGUAUUCUAUAUCUUAGGUAAAUGCCGCUUGGGUGUUCUUGUGGGAUUCUUUCCUCGUCACAUUCUAGUUGGCUGUAUCGGAGGAGUGGGUUACUUCUUGGUAGCAACCGGUGUAGAAGUCUCGUCCAGAUUGGAAGGAGGCUUGGAGUACAACUACGAGACAUUCAAGUACUUGUUCUGCAACACAUUGACUUUGGCAGAAUGGACUCUCCCAUUGCUUUUAGCUAUAUUUCUCAUUGCUCUUCAGCACAAGUUCCACAACUCUUUGCUUGUUCCCUUGUAUUUCAUAGCUGUGUUCAUUCUCUUCCAUGUUACAGUCUUAGUCGUUCCUUCUUGGAACUUGCAAAGUGCUAGAAAUAGCGGCUGGGUAUUCCCGGCAGUGGAAGAUAACGAACCAUGGUAUGAAUUCUACACUUAUUACAAGUUCAACUUGGUGGAUUGGCUUGCCGUACUCAAACAAGUACCUUCGAUGUUGGCAUUGACAUUCUUUGGUAUCUUGCAUGUUCCCAUUAACGUUCCAGCACUUGCUGUAACGGUGGGUAUGGAUGAAGUAGAUGUAGACAGAGAAUUGGUAGCUCACGGAUAUUCAAAUGUUUUGUCUGGUUUAGUAGGCUCUAUUCAAAACUACUUGGUGUACACCAAUUCUGUUCUUUUCAUCAGAGCAGGUGCCGAUGACCGUUUGGCUGGUGUUUUGCUUGCCAUUGCUACUGGCGCAGUGAUGAUGACUGGUCCUGUCGUCAUUGGCUACAUCCCAGUAUGUGUGGUUGGAGCUUUGAUCUUCCUUUUGGGUUACGAAUUAUUGAAGGAAUCUGUCUACGAUACCUGGGGCCGUUUGAGAAACAUCGAAUACACCACUGUCAUCAUCAUUGUUAUCACAAUGGGUGCCUUUGACUUUGUCUUUGGUAUAUUGGUAGGUAUCUUGCUUGCCUGUCUUUCAUUUGUAGUUGAAGCUGGUAGGAGUCCAGUUGUCCAGGGAGUAUACUCUGGUUCUGUAGCUAGAUCUACAGUUUUAAGACAUCCUAAACAACAAGAGUUCUUGAAGGAUGUCGGUGACCAAAUCUGCGUUAUCAAAUUACAAGGGACUGUCUUUUUCGGUUCCAUUGGUGGAGUUGAAAAUGCUAUCAGAGGUAAGUUUUCGCAGGAUGAGUUCAAAUUAAAUCCCAUCAAAUUCUUGAUUAUCGAUAUGAAAGGAGUUAGUUCCAUUGAUUUUUCUGCGGCUGAAGGUUUCAGAAGAGUCCUCAAUUUAACCAAUGAAUUUAACACCCGUUUGAUUUUCUCCUCCGUUCAAGAAAACGACGAUAUCAUCAAGGGUUUGCGUGAUGCUGGUUUGUGGGAUAAUAGUAGCGGAGAAAAUCCAAUUGAAUUGUUUAACACAUUGAAUUACGCAUUGGAAUGGUGUGAAAACUCCUUCUUGAGAUAUUACAAGACUGUUAAGAGAAAGGAGCAAAAUGUCAAUAUUCGUUCUGUACCGAACAGUGGCAGCACCAAUCUUUCCCCUGGAAGAAAGUCCAUUAUCUCCCCUCAGAACAAUUCUCUUAAUACCAGACAGUUAAUGAGUAUGAACUUUGACAUCGGAACUCCUAGAACUACUCAAGUCUAUAAUGCUGCAACUAGAACUGUUCAAGAUGAACAGAAGUCACAGACCAGGUACUAUUCCUCGUCCGACUCGUCGUUCAAAAAACAACCACUACCAUUAAUCAUGAUAACUUUCCAAGGCUUAUCGGACAAGGACGAAGAGUUCUGGUCGGCUAUCACUCCGUACUUCCAAAAGGAAAAAAUCCCAGAAGAUAUUGAAUUCUACAAUACAACCUCUGAGCAUGCUGCCUUCUUCAUAGUGGAGUCUGGGUUAAUCAGAUCCGUUUACAAGCUAGAAGAGGGACGCGAAUUGCAUUCAAGUAUCUUGCCAUUGACUGCGUUUGGAGAUCUUUUUCAAACAAGACGUUAUAGAAAAAUCAGCUACACCACUGUUAGCGAUUCCGUAGUGUGGAAGCUUUCUGAUUCCAAACUAAGUGAGAUGUUGAAGACCAAAGAAGGGCAAUCGUUGUACAAUGAGUUGUUGAAGAUCGAGACGGAGUUGGUGAGAGAACGUUUUGACACCAUGACGGCUAAUUUGGUUAUUGCUGGUUAA